AUGGGUGAUAAUAAAAACGGCACUGAAAUGCUUACUGACGCGGAAGCUGAAUUAUAUGACAGGCAAAUCCGUUUAUGGGGUUUGGAAUCACAGAAAAGAUUACGAUUAGCACGUGUGCUUUUGAUCGGAAUGAAUGGCUUCGUCGCCGAAGUUGCUAAAAACAUAAUCCUUGCUGGUGUCAAGUCAGUAACAUUCCUAGAUCAUCGUAAUGUUGACACCGGUGAUUCAUGCUCUCAAUUUUUUGUUACUAGAAAUGACAUUGGUACAAACAGAGCAACAGCUUCAGUAUCUAGAGCGCAAAAUUUGAAUCCAAUGGUAAAAGUUUCAGCCGACGAGGAUCAUGUUGACAGUAAAAAUGAUGAAUACUUCAAGGACUUUGACGUUAUCUGUGCUUCUGAAUGCACUAUCACUCAGCUUAAAAAAUUGAAUGAUAUUUGCCGAAACUACGGCGUUAAGUUUUUCGCCGGCGAUGUUUGGGGAACUUUUGGCUACACUUUCUCUGACUUGAUCAUCCAUGAAUAUGUUAUGGAAGUAGUGCAAACAAAGAAAACCAAAGAAUCUGGUUCAGACAAACCUAAAGUCGAAAGCACUACUGUCAACGUCAGAAACGAAGAAACAUUUGUACCAAUUCAUAAAAUUCUUGAUGCUACACAACUGCCUAAAGAUACUGAGACUUAUUAUUUAUUCCAAGUUUUGUUAAACUAUCGUGAGAAACAUCGCAGAGAUCCGCUGCCAAAUGAACGUGAUUGCAAUGUUUUGCUUUCCGAAGCGCGUGCUAUCAUUGAAAAGAAUAAUUUGGGAGAUAAGAUUAACUACUUACUUGAAGGUGAUUUGUAUGCACAAACAAGCCCCACGUGUGCCAUAAUCGGCGGAAUAAUGGGUCAAGAAAUAAUAAAGACUGUUUCCCAGAAAGAGCCUCCGCAUAACAACUUGUUCCUGUUUAACCCUCACACAAUGUGCGGCAAAGUUGUGCAGCUCGGCUAUUAA